GAGGCUCUCCCCGACGAUUGGAAUCAUGCACCAGAUGUAUGCUUAUUACGUUCCCUGGAUCGUUCUUUUGUUUUUCCUGGUGAACAAGUCCAUGUUCUAGCAUGCUUAUCAGCAUCUAAUCAGAAAACAGAAAUUAUUACCCCUUUUAAAGUUGCUGCAGUGAUGUGUAAAAGUGGCAUGCGCAAAUACGCUAAGAAACAAAAUUUAGAUACGGAGGGUAAGACAAAUUCAGUGGCUGGAGGAGAGGAAGUGAAUCAUGGUGGUGCUUUAAUGGAUCUGAAUGAUGAGAAAUUGGAGAAAGAGAAGAUUGAUCCAGCAAAAGAUGUCCAUGACAGUGAAUCAUUUCUUAGAAUGGAAGAGCAUAAAAGACGGACUGAAACACUAUUAAAAAGGUUUAAUAACUCUCAUUUCUUUGUUAGGAUUACAGAGAGGGAUGAACCUCUGUGGUCUAAAAAAAGUGCUCCUCAGACAGCUACUGAUUCAUCUGAAAUAGAUAGUCAAUGGUUUGUUCAAAAUGAAACCGAAACCACUGCCAAGAACAUAUCUAGUCUGACUGCAGUUAUUGAUAGAGGGAACUUUGAUGCCAAUGGUUCUGGUGGAGCAACUAGAGGUACUGUCAAGUGUUGCUCUCUUUCCAAUGGAGAUAUAGUGGUACUUUUACAAGUAAAUGUUGGCAUUGGUUUUCUCAGAGACCCUGUCAUUGAAAUUCUUCAAUUUGAGAAAUUUCAGGAAAGAAACUUGUCUGAGAAUCAGGAAAACUUAGUCUAUGCAAAUCAAGACCCAUGUGGAGAACUGUUGAAAUGGUUGCUUCCUGUGGAUAACACUCUUCCUUCACCUCGUGCUUUAUCUUCUCCUUUAGGUUCUGGUUCUGCUUCUGGAAUGGGUAGCCCAUCAUCUCAUAGGUCUAGCUAUUCUGCCUCCUCUGGUUCUCAGCUCUUUUCUUUUAAUAAUUUAAGAAGUUACUCCAUGUCAUCACUUCCUCAAAGUGUUACUCCUCCUCGGGGACCUAUUAAAGCCCAAAGUUCUAAAUCAUCAUUUGACCUUGAUGAGGUGGACCGUUACUCUUCUCAAAAGAUUUUGAAAAGUCAAAGAACAGGGAUUGAAGAGCUUUUAUCUUUUCGGGGUGUGUCACUAGAGCGGGAAAUAUUUUCUGUUCGUUGUGGGUUACGGGGGAUUCAUAUCCCGGGAAGAAGAUGGAGUAAGAAACUUGAAAUAAUUCAACCUGUUGAGAUCCAUUCUUAUGCUGCCAACUGCAAUACAGAUGACCUUCUUUGCGUUCAGAUAAAGAAUGUUUCUCCAGCACAUAUACCAAAUAUUGUUGUACACGUAGAUGCUAUAACAGUUGUUUUAGAAGAGUCUUCAAAAGUUGGACCACCUGCUUCCUUACCAGUUGCAUGUAUUGAAGCUGGAAACGAUCAUAGUUUGCCAAAUCUAGCUCUCAGGAGGGGUGAAGAGCAUUCUUUUAUUUUAAAACCAGCUUCUUCUGUGUGGAAGAACCUCAAAACUUAUGGAGAAAAGUCCAAGGCAUCCAGUUGGAAAUACCUUUUGAAGACAUUCAACCAAAAGGGGAGUUGUUUGAUUGGUAACCAGUAUGCAAUUAUGGUAGCAUGUCGUUGCAACUACAGUGAGUCAAGGUUGUUUUUAAAGCAACCAACUAAUAGGAGACCACGUAUUUCGAGGGAUCUUAUGAUCUCUGUCACAAGCAAAAUGUCAGGACAAUAUCCUGGAUCAAGUGAAAGAUCCUCCCAGCUUCCCGUUAGGUUUUAUUCUAUCUGA